AUGGCGAUACAAAGUGUGUUCGUUCUAAACAAAGGGGGCUUAGUUUACCAUACCGACUGCAAUAAAUUGAAAACUGACGUUGAAAAAACGUUUAGUUAUCCAUUAGAUAUAGUUUUGAAAGAAGAUGACAAACUUACCGUUGUAUUUGGUGAAAGAGACGGGAUAAAAGUUGGUUUUAGUUUACUGGCAAUAAAUGGUGAGGAGGUUAGCAACAAGCAACUCCCCAAUGGUGUUGAUGCUAAGGAGUACCUUAAAGAUCCAAAUAAUUAUCCUGUCUCAUUAAAGUUUGGUCGGAGUCGACUCAAGACAAAUGAAAAAAUUAUGUUUGCCAGCAUGUUUCACACAUUGUUUGCAAUUUCCACUAAGUUGUCACCGGAGCAAAAAUCAUCUGGCAUUCAAGUUUUAGAAAGUGAAUCAUUUAAACUUCAUUGCUACCAAACACCUACUGGUGUUAAGUUUCUGGUUCUCACAGAUCCUAAGCAAGGCCCAAUGGAUCAUUUUUUGAAGCGAUUUCAUGAACUUUAUACUGAUUAUGCUUUGAAGAAUCCCUUUUACUCUUUGGAAAUGCCUAUUAGGUGUGAGCUUUUUGAUGCCAAUUUGCAAAAGGCUAUUGAACAAUUGGAAAGAAAUUCAAGUCAAUAUUCUAAUGAUUAGUGUACAAUCGUUGGAGGAGAGUGAAGAGUACGAAAUCAUCAACAGAUCAUGCGAUGGAAGUGUUCUUACCGCUAGUAUAGGAAACAAACAGCCCCCAUCACUGUUAAUCACGUGAGUAUACGUCACAAUAAAUUUCAAUAAUGUUGGACUACUGGUUGUUCUAUAUACUGUGGUAUUGUCUCACAUACUUACGUGAUCCCCAGAUACAUCGAACUCUGAAAAUAUUGCUCGCAUGGCCUCGCCUUGUAGAUUAAAUAAAAAUCCGAAUUUUUCAAAUUCGUCACAUGAUAUGUUUCCGCUUGCAUCUUCGUCAAGUAGGUCAAACACAGUUCUCGAAUGGCGAUAAAUGAAAUGUUUUUCUUCUUUAUCGUGGACUGCAAUCAAAAUGCAAACUAAAAGAUAAAAUUCAUCAAAAUCCAGGGUUCCUGAACAAUCAACAUCUAGCAUAUCGAAGACAUUAUAUAUCUGUGACUUUGAUAGAUCAGUGGAGGAAUGCAUAAAUGCCCAAAAUUGUACAUCGUUCAAUUGCAGCUCUCGGUGAAUAUCUAAACAUUUGAACAACUCUAAAAUGAUGUGGAUAGCACGACCUUAAAGAAAUAGAUUCAGCGUAAGAAAUUCAGAAAAUUACUGUAAAUCAGCAUCUACAUGCAUAUAAAUGUGGAUUAUUUGAUAAAUUUAUUAAACAUCCUUACCGCUUAA